UACGUUGUACACUGCGGCUACCCGCGCCGUUUGACUACGAUAGGCCUGUAGUUCAUGUAGGUAUCAGUAUUAGCUACCGACUUGAAAGACCGCGUGGCAAAAGAAUACCUACAUUAAUAAACAGCUAGCCGAACUGUUUUUUUGUGAUCAAAGUGCGUGUGUUCGAGGUAUUAAAUCACUCCUAGGAGAAUCGCCAAAUUUUGUCAUUUGAAAUGACAGCCAAUGUACUUGUCAUCGGGAGCGGCGGACGAGAACACGCUUUAUGCUGGAAACUGGAUCAAUCACCAGACGUGAAGGAGAUAUAUGUAGUUCCCGGAAAUGUUGGCAUACAACAAGUAACCAAAGUUAAAGUAGUUGAUAUCAACAUAAAAGACUACAAGGUGGUUUCCAAAUGGUGCCAGCAGAACAAUGUUGGGCUUGUUGUGGUGGGCCCAGAGGAUCCAUUGGCUGGAGGCAUUGCAAACGAGCUGCUGUCAGCUGGUAUCCCUUGCUUUGGACCAUCUCGGGAAGCAUCUCGGAUUGAGUCUGAUAAAAGUUGGGCAAAAGAAUUCAUGAAGCGACAUGAAAUACCAACAGCUCAGUGGGGUGCCUUCUCUGAUGCCCAAGAAGCAAAAAAAUUCAUAAAGAGUGCAACUUUCCCUGCUCUUGUGGUGAAGGCUAGUGGACUUGCUGCAGGGAAAGGAGUUGUUGUGGCAAAGUCACAGGAACAUGCCUGUCAAACUGUUGACAAUAUGCUUAAUGAUCGUUGCUUUGGUGAUGCUGGAAACAAAAUUGUUGUAGAAGAACUGCUUAUUGGAGAGGAAGUUUCAGUAUUAGCAUUUUCAGAUGGUAACACAGUACGAGCCAUGUUACCUUCCCAAGAUCACAAAAGAUUAAAAAAUAAUGAUGAAGGUCCUAACACAGGUGGAAUGGGUGCAUAUUGUCCAUGUCCUCUAAUAUCAGCAAAGGAGCUGCAGAUGGUUGAAGAGAAAGUAUUGCAGAGAGCAGUUGACGCGCUGCGAAAGGAGAAUACACCUUUUGUAGGUGUGUUAUAUGCUGGACUGAUGCUUACAAACGAUGGCCCUAAGGUACUGGAAUUCAAUUGUCGAUUUGGUGAUCCGGAAACUCAAGUGAUUCUUCCUCUGCUUGACUCAGACCUGUAUCAGGUCAUGAGGGCAUGCUGCAGUAAUUUGCUGGCAAAUGUGAAUCUGAAAUGGAAAAGAGAUUUCUAUGCAGUUGGAGUUGUAAUGGCAAGUCAGAAAUAUCCUGAGUCAUCUACCAAAGGCAAAGUUAUUACUGGGAUUGAGGAAGCAACGCAAAUACCCAAUAAUCUCGUGUUUCACAGUGGUACAGCACAAAAUGCAUCAGGCGAGCUUGUCACUAAUGGGGGUCGAGUGCUAAUAUCAGUUGCUCUAGCUCAUGACUUAACUGUUGCUGCAGCAAGGGCAAGGAAGAUGUGUGUUAGCACUAUAAAAUUUGAUGGUGCACAGUACCGCACAGACAUAGCUCACAAAGGAAUAGCAAGAUCAUUGUUGCAGAAAGGUCUCCUCACAUAUAAAGAAAGUGGUGUUGAUAUCAAUGCAGGGGACUCACUAGUAAAUCAAAUAAAAUUGUAUGUAAAAAAAACCAACAGGACUGGUGUCCUAGGCUCCAUUGGAGGAUUUGGAGGUGUUUUUGAUGUUCCUGCUACUGGUUAUAGUGAUCCUCUUCUUGUGUCUGGUACUGAUGGAGUUGGCACAAAAUUAAAGGUUGCUCAGCAGUGUGGCAUCCACUCAACAGUUGGAAUUGAUCUAGUUGCAAUGUGUGUAAAUGACAUUCUUGCACAAGGAGCAGAACCACUUUUCUUUCUGGAUUAUUUUGCAACUGGUAAUCUGAACGUUGAUGUAGCUUCGCAAGUGGUUUCUGGUGUAGCUGAAGGUUGUCGCCUUGCAAAUUGUGCUCUCAUUGGUGGUGAAACAGCUGAAAUGCCGGGGCUUUAUGCUGAAGGUGAUUAUGACCUGGCAGGCUUUGCUGUAGGAGCAGUCGAACGUAAAAAGUUGUUACCAGUGAUGGAUUCCAUUAUUCCUGGUGACAUUGUUCUUGGAUUGUCAUCCAGUGGAAUUCAUAGCAAUGGAUUCAGUCUUGUGAGGAAAGUUGUUGAAAGAUUUGGUGUGAAAUAUAGUAGCAAAGCACCAUUCAGCAAGACAGGGAAGAGUUAUGGUGAAGAAUUCUUAACACCAACAAAAAUUUAUGUGAAGGGCUUGCUGAAAGUACUACAGAGUGGAAAAGUCAAAGCUCUGGCUCAUAUAACAGGUGGUGGGCUGAUUGAAAAUAUACCCCGUGUAUUGCCUGAUGGCACUGGAGUAAGAUUGGAUGCUGCUUCUUGGGAAAUACCUCCUGUCUUCGGUUGGAUAGCAGCAGCAGGUGGAGUAAGUGAAACAGAGAUGUUAAGAACCUUCAAUUGUGGCAUAGGUGUUGUUUUAAUAGUGAAUCCGAAUGAUGUAGCAGAUGUGCAAAAACUUAUUACUGAAGAAGAUGCAAAAGUCAUUGGCCAAGUAGAAAAACUUAGUUCCACAGGUGUCCCACGUGUACAUGUAGAGAACUUUGUUCCUGAAAUGGAAAGAAUUAUGAGACCAUUUGUUGAAUCAGUGGUUGCUGCCAAAGAACCUCCAAGGAAAAGAGUUGGAGUUCUAAUUUCUGGAAGUGGAACAAACUUGCAGUCCCUCAUUGACGCCACCAUGGAUCGUUCACAAGGGGUUGGGGCAGAAAUUGUGAUCGUUAUUUCAAAUAAGGCUGGUGUCCAAGGGCUUGAAAGAGCAACAAGAGCAAACAUUCACACAAAGGUGAUACCCCAUACAGCAUAUGGAUCUAGAUUAGAAUUUGAUAUGGCAGUGCAUGCAGCUCUUAAAGAAGCUCGUGUCGACAUUGUGUGUCUAGCGGGAUUUAUGCGAGUACUUACAGGAGAUUUUGUCAGAUUGUGGCGUGGACGCCUGAUAAACAUACAUCCGGCACUGCUGCCAUUAUUCAAGGGUACUCAUGCUCACCGCCAGGCUCUACAGGCUGGUGUAAGGGUUACUGGGUGCACUGCACACUUUGUAGAGGAGGAUAUUGAUGCUGGGGCUAUAUUAGCACAAGAAGCAGUACAGAUUGAGAUAGAUGACACUGAAGAAACAUUGCAAGAACGAGUUAAAUUAGUAGAACACAAAGUUUUCCCUAAAGCUCUGAAACUUGUUGCCACAGAACAAGUGCAUUUGGAUGAAAAUGGGAAGAUUGUUUGGAAGCAUUAAGAAUUUAGUAAAGUUAGAGAGAGAGAGAGAGAGAGAGAGAGAGAGAGAGAGAGAGAGAGAGAGAGAGAGAAUUAAUCUCAAUGCUCAAACAUGACUGAAAUAGCUUUUUACUUUUUUAAGAAAUAACUUGUUUACAAGAAUCUCAAUAAUUGAAAAAAUAAUGAAAAUUUAAAAAAGAAUUCUGUUAUUCUUGCCUAA